GUCCUCCAGUCAUUAGUGUUGAACCUGUAGAGACAGUUAUUGAAGCUGGUGCCGCAGCAAUGCUGAACUGCCAGGCAAAUGGAGAGCCUCCUCCAACCAUCAAAUGGUCCCGCCGAGGUCAUCCAGUUGUGAGCGAUGAGAGAGUGACUGUCCUGUCUAAUGGCUCCUUGCGUAUUGUUGCAGCGCAGAAGGAAGAUACGUCUGAAUAUGAGUGUGUAGCAAGGAAUCUAAUGGGAUCUGCUCUUGUUAGAGUACCACUGACUGUCCAGGUGGAUGGCAACUGGUCCGAAUGGGGACUGUGGGAAGAGUGUUCAAAGAGCUGUGGACAAGGUAACAGGACCAGAACCAGAACCUGCAGUAACCCACCAUAUCAGCAUGGUGGGAAGCCCUGUGAUGGCAGUGCUGUGGAUUUGGUCAUGUGUAACAUUAGGCCUUGCCCAGUGGACGGGAAGUGGGCCAUGUGGAGCAGCUGGAAUGCCUGCACCGUGUCCUGUGGAGGAGGCAGCAGGCAGAGAACACGCCACUGCUCAGACCCAGCCCCACAGUUUGGGGGUCACAAAUGUGAAGGAAACGAUAUACAAAUUGAUUUUUGCAACAGUGAUCCUUGUCCGAUUCAUGGCAACUGGGGUCCGUGGAGUAGUUGGGGAACUUGUAGUCGAACGUGCAACGGAGGCCAGAUGAGGCGAUACCGGACCUGUGACAAUCCUCGCCCUGCCAGUGGUGGAAGGGCAUGUGCAGGGGCUGACAUGCAGAUCCAGAGAUGUGGCGCUGAACUGUGCCCUGUUGAUGGAAACUGGGGGCAGUGGCAAACAUGGAGCCAAUGCUCUGCUUCUUGUGGAGGCGGAGAGCAGGCCCGAAUACGCCUGUGCAGCAAUCCGGCCCCAUUAAAUCGUGGACGUCCUUGUCCUGGAGACUCCUCACAAAUAUCCAGGUGUAAUACCCAAGCGUGUCCUGGUGGGCCUUCACGUGCCAAAGGCAGCAUCAUUGGAAAUAUUAAUGAUAUUGAAUUUGGAAUUGCUUUCCUGAAUGCCACAGUAACAGACAGCCCCGACUCUGAAACUAGAGUAAUACAAGCAAAGAUUACAAACGUCCCUCGGACCCUUGGCCCAGCAAUGAGAAAGCUUGUUUCUGUACUCAGCCCAGUUUAUUGGACAACUGCAAAAGAAAUCGGAGAAGCAAUGAAUGGCUUUACGCUCACUGAUGCAGUCUUCAAGAGAGAAACUCAAGUGGAGUUUGCAACUGGUGAGAUUCUGCGAAUGACUCAUGUUGCCCGGGGCUUGGAUUCAGACGGAGCCUUGCUGCUGGAUGUUGUUGUGAGCGGCCAUGUGCUGCAGCUCCCGUCAGUAGCUGAUCUUAACGUGAAGGAUUACACAGAAGACUAUAUUCAGACUGGCCCUGGGCAACUGUACGCCCAUUCUACUCGUCUCUUCACUAUAGAUGGAGUUAGUGUUCCCUAUACAUGGAACCACACUAUCAGCUAUGAUUACACUAAAGGAAAGAUGCCUUUCUUGGUGGAAACACUCCAUGCUUCUUCUGUUACAACAGAGUACAACCUACUGGAAGAAGCUGUGGCUUUUAAAAUCCAUGCUUCCAUUGCAAAAGGAGAUCGUAGCAAUCAGUGCCCUGCUGGGUUUGGUUUGGACUCAACUGGGCCUUACUGUUCAGAUGAAAAUGAAUGUGCCGUGCGAAAUCCUUGUUCCCAUAUCUGUCAUAAUGCCAUGGGAUCUUACUACUGCUCCUGUCCGAAAGGCCUCACUAUCUCUGCAGAUGGUAGAACGUGUCAGGAUAUUGAUGAGUGUGCAUUAGGUGGACAUAACUGCCAUGCUGGCCAGGACUGUGAAAACAUCAUUGGAUCAUACCGCUGUGUGGUUAGAUGUGGGGACGGCUUUAGGAGGACAGGUGAUGGAUUUAGCUGCCAAGAUGUUAAUGAGUGUCAAGAGUCCAACUCCUGUCAUCAGCGUUGCUUCAAUACUAUAGGAAGUUUCCACUGUGGUUGUGAUCCAGGAUACCAGCUAAAGGGCAGAAAAUGCAUGGAUGUAAAUGAGUGCAGGCAGAACGUAUGCAGGCCUGAUCAACUUUGCAAAAACACCCGUGGUGGCUAUAAGUGCAUUGAUCUGUGUCCCAAUGGAAUGACCAAAGCAGAAAAUGGAACUUGUAUUGACAUUGAUGAAUGCCGGGAUGGAACCCACCAGUGCCGCUAUAAUCAGAUUUGUGAGAACACACGAGGAAGUUACCGUUGUGUGUGUCCAAGAGGAUAUCGGUCCCAGGGAGUUGGAAGAUCUUGUGUGGAUAUUGAUGAAUGUGAAACCAGAGAUACCUGUCAGCAUGAAUGCAGAAACACCCUGGGAAGUUACCAGUGUACUUGUCCCUCUGGUUAUCGCCUUAUGCCAAAUGGCAAAACCUGUCAAGAUAUCGAUGAGUGCCUUGAACAGAACAUUAAUUGUGGAUCAAAUCAGAUGUGUUUCAACAUGAGAGGAAGUUACCAGUGCAUAGACACACCUUGUCCACCAAGCUAUCAGCGAGAGCCUCUUUCUGGGUUCUGUCUCAAAAACUGCCCGGCCAAUGACUUGGAGUGUGAUCUGAGUACCUACGCCUUGGAAUACAAACUCCUUUCCCUCCCCUUCGGCAUAGCUGCUGGUCAGGAUUUAAUCCGUCUGGUUGCCUAUACUCAUGAUCAAGUCAUGCAUCCAAGGACAACUUUCUUAAUGGCAGACGAGGACCCAGCAAUUCCAUUUGCCCUGAGAGAUGAGAACUUGAAAGGAGUCGUGUUCACCACCCGACCGCUGCGAGAGCCAAAGACUUACCGCAUGGGAGUCAGAGCCUUGUCCUACAGCGUCGAUGGAAGUAUUGAGUAUCGGACAACUUUCAUUGUUUAUAUAGCUGUGUCAGCCUAUCCCUAUUAA